UGACAAAUGCCCGUUUAAAGACUUUUGUAUAGAAUAUUCUAUUUUAUUCCAUUUGUAAAUGCAAUAAAUUCUUCGUAGUAAAUAAGCUAAUAAAAUCAUAAUACGAAAGCGUAUUUUUAAUACAUAAUUUGCUUUUCGAAAUGGGAACCAUAAGUACAAAAGAUACUCGACGCAUUAGUUUUGACAAUACAUUUGCUAUUAUUCCUGUAAUAACUGUUCAUAAAUCUAUCGAAGAUAACACAUUCGCAGAAAUUGAAAAUAUAGUCGAUGAAACAGAAAAUGAAUCCAUUUUAAAAAAUCAAACUAUUGAGACACAUGGGUACAAUGAAAAUGAUUACUGGACUCGCAGAUUAGAUCAUCUUAAAAAGGAACAUAAUUCGAUUAAUAAAAUUAUCGAAUCGGAAUACGAGAAAACUAUAGAAAAUACUAAUCAAAUAUUCGAACCACUUAAAGUAACUCAUGACAGAAUACACAAAAUGAAACCAUGUUUUGAAUGGCGAGCAAAAGUACAGAAUUAAUUUACUAUAGUAGUAGUAUUAAAUAAAGUUUGAACCGCGCAAUAAAGGCGAGGCAUGACGCGGCAUUAUUGGCAUAUUUAUGAUUAUUAACCAGUAGGACCCUGGAUUCUUUAAGUAGGCGCAUAUGUAUUUUUAGACUUAUGACUUGACCAUAAACAUCAAGCACCAGAAAAGUCUAUGAUGGGUACGGCUUCUUAUCUACUCCCACUUAAAUAUACCUAUACAGGGUAUUGAAGUGGCACAUUAAAAAACCUAAUAUGCCGCCUCGUAUCGCGCCGUUAAUCGUGGACAGGAAAAUAUGCCUACACUAAAUUUGGUACACAAAUAAUAAUUUGGUACAUAGGUAAAACAUGCUUAAAUUUGCAGAUUUUACAAUGUUAUGAAGACAAUCCGCAUCAGCCUUUAAUGUGUUCAGCAGCUGUUCAAGCUUUUAGUCAAUGUGUCAAAUCCUGCAGAAUUGAUGAUUAAUUUUAUUAGAGCAUAUUGUUAGAUUCAAAAUUUCUGUCGUGUUACUUAUACAAUUAAAUUAUGAAUAUUAAUAGUUUGU